AUGUCCGAGCGCCAGCACGUACACCCACACCCACACCACGCGCACUUCUCGUCCUCGCCCGAGCCCGGCGCGAAGCGGCGGCGCGAGGACGGAGGAGAUGACCGAAAUCCCACCGAGUGCAUCUACCCCGUCAAGCUCAAGCCCGGCCUGCGGCCCGGCACGGGCGUGGACAUGGCCAAGCGCAUCGAACAGCUCGAAGAACGGAUACAGGGCUACGAGGCGCGGCUGGCGGCACAAGAGGCCGGCCUGGCGUCCGUGACGCAGUGGCGGGCCGAGGUGACGAGUUCGCUGGCGCUGCCUACGCCGUCGGCGUCGGCGGGCAUCGCGCCGCCGUCGUUUCCCUUCGAGCUGGCGCCGACGCCCGCAGUGGCGCUGACGACCAUCUCGCCCGCACCCUCCGCCGGAUCGUUCCUCGACCCGCUCGUCCUGCCGCCAGACGACAUCGUGCGUGACCUCAUCGCGCUCUACUUCUCGCACAUUGCGCCGUGGGCGCCGAUCCUGCCGCCGCAGCAGACGUUCAACGCGCCGUGGAGCAUCGUCGUUUACGCCAUCGUUGUUGUCUCGCUGCGGCUGAGUACAGACCCGCGCAUCGCAGGCACGAAGCAGCAGCUGCGCGCCGCGGCGAAGUCCCACGUCCUAUCCCACGCGAUAGAGAGCACGUCCAUCGCGAGCGUGCAGGCGCUCGCGCUGCUCGCGCUCGACCUCAUCGGGUCCGAGCAGGGCCCGAGUUCUUGGGGCAUCCUCGCGCUGCUCACCCGCUCGGCGGUGCACUUGGGUCUCGUGACGGAGGACGAGGGCGCCGGACAGGCGACCCGCGUGCCCAACAACCUCAGCCGCACGAGCAUCAUCCCGCCCGCGCACGACUGGCGCGAGGACGAGGCGCGGCGUCGCCUCUUCUGGCUCAUCUUCAGCCUCGACCGGUACGCGUGCGCGUCGACAGGGUGGGACUUUGCGCUGCCAGACUUUGAUAUCCGCCGGCGGCUGCCGUGUUCUGACGAGAUAUGGGCGGGCGGGCAAUGGCACUCGGCGCCACUCUUCAAGCCCGUGCUCCACCGCGACGCGCACCCCGACCCGGCAGCGCUCAGCCCAAUGGCGUACCUCGUCGAGGCGCUCGACCUGCUCGGGCGCAGCCACUCAUUGCAGUCGCGCGUGAUCGAGGCGAACGACGCGCGCGAGGUCGAACAUCGCAAGGACAUGGUGAUGACGCUCACGUCGGCCGCGAAGCGGUGGUUCGCCGACGUGCCGCUGGCGCAGAUGACGCCGGGGCCGAUGCCGCUUGUCAUUGCAGGAGUGUACCACGCGACGCUGCUCAAGCUCAACGCGUACUACGCGUACCCGGCGCUCUCGAACGGCUCCCCAAUAGAGCCGUACGGCGGCACGUGCACGUCCUCGGCGCACGCGCUGGUGCAGCUCGUCCAACAGGCGCGUGACGUCGGCUUCCGGCAGGCCAGCUCGCCGCUGUUUAUCUGGAGCGCGUGGGUCGCCGCGCGCGUGCUGUUUAUCAACGCGUUCCUCGCGCACCAGGCCCAGCCGGACGACGACUUUGAGGUGAUCCUGCAGGCGUUGCGCGAGAUGGCGGCGUACUGGAGCUUGGCAAACCAGUAUGUCAAGCUUCUGGAACGCGCAAAGCGCAAAUGGGCAGCAGGCACCACGCACACCGACCCAGACGCCAACCCGUCCCUCCCGGACGCGAUCCACGUCCUCCUCGACCUCCGGCGAACAGCCUACUCUGCCGUCGGCGCGACAGACGCCACGCCGUAUGUCUCCCCGCCCGACGUCAACCUCUCCCACCUCCCAGCGUGGGCCGUGCAGCCCCUCCUGGGCGAUCUGCACAACUGGUUUGAUCUGCCUGCUGGCCUGUUUGCAGAUCAGUAG